AUGGAGCCGGCAGCGGAGGCCUCGCGCCCGCGCUCCCGCUCCCGCUUCCGCCUGCCCUUCCCUCCUCGGCGCCCGCAGCCCGGCCCGAGCCAGGUGCCCGCAGCCCUCGCCCCGGAGCAGCCCGCGGACCGCGGACCGGCUGCCCCCGCCCCGCCGCAGGCUCGGCCCGACCCCUGGACCAAGCUGCUCUCCCCGCUCUUCGCGCCGCUCCCCAGCUUGCUUCGGAAGCUGCUGGCCUGGGGCCGGCUCCUCGGCGGGAUGAUCCCGGCCAGGUGGGUGGAUUUCGCCGCCGGCCACGGCGCUCUCGGCGCGCUGGAGGCUCGGCAGGACCCAGCCGGGGCCCCGGCGCAGAAGCCCGCGUGUUCGCCGCCCCUCGACUGGCUGCAGAAGGGGAUGCACCGGCAGUGCUCGUCCCCGGACCCGGACCCGGACCUGGACCUGGACCUCGGAGCCAAGGCGGGAGCCCCGGACCGCGCCGCAAACGCCCUCCUGUUGGAGCCGCAGCCGUGGAGGCUGGAGCUGUGGCCCGGUGGCCCCCAGGCCCCUCUGUGCUCCGCCCGGGAGCUUGGCUCCUGGGCUCCUGGGCCUCUAAAGGUCCAGCGUGUAAGCGGCUUCGGCGUCGUCUCCUAUUUGUGGAGCCCCACCCAUCUGGACCGCUUGCCCCGGGUGGGGCUCGGCUGUCAGAGCGGCGUGGGAAGCGGCGGGACAGCUGGUUUCCAGACCCUCAGCCCCGAGCGCCGCUGCCUGCCUGAGGAUGCUGGUCCUCCCGAGCGGCCGAAGGCCGAGCUCACCUGCGCCUCCUGGCAGGGACGUCCGCCUCUGUCUAGAGAGGGCCUGCCAGAAAUCCACCAUCUUCGCAUGAAACGGCUAGAAUUCCUUCAGCAGGCCAGCAAGGGGCAAGCGCUGCCCACCCCAGAGCAAGAUAAUGGCUACCACAGCCUGGAGGAGGAACAGAACUUGUCCCGGAUGGAUCUGAAGCCCGGCGGGGACAGUCCCGCACAGUGUGUUCCCUCUGCUGGAGUCGUUCCCAGAAGGGCCCAGGACCCCGCCGAGGAAGACCCCGUGUUAUCGGCCAAAGAGGCUCCACUCGCUUUGGAAAGGCAGGGCCCUUCUUCGGAAGGCUGCCCGUCUGCGGGGGUACCUGCUGGGGUACCUGCGUCGAAGGAGCCUGGAGAGGACCAAGUAAGUGUCGGGGACUCCUCAGACCUAGAAGAUAGCAUUCCCGCCUCCACCAGACCAGCCUGUAGUAACAGAUUGAUAGAUUACAUUUUGGGGGGUACGUCCAGUGAUCUGGAAACCAGUUCUGAUUCCGGAGGUGAGACUUGGGACGAGGAAGCCGAAGAUGACGGUUUCGAUAGCGAUAGCCCACUGUCCGCAUCAGACCUCGAACAAGACCCUGAAGGGCUGCACCUCUGGAACUCUUUCUAUAGCGUAGAUCCUUAUGAUCCCCAAAACUUUACGGCAACAAUUCAGUCUGCUGCCAGAAUUGUUCCAGGAGACUCUUCGGACUCGGAGAAGAAUUUGUCUGGCAAGUCUGGUCUAGAGAAUUCUCCCCAGACUGGAAGCCUUCCUGAGUCUCCUGACUAUAAUUCCGGGGAGGAAGAUGACUGGGAAUCUAGUGCAGACGAGGCAGAGAGUCUCCAACUGUGGAACUCUUUCUGUAAUUCCGAAGACCCCUACAACCUUUUAAAUUUUAAGGCUCCUUUUCAAACAUCAGGGAAAAAUUGGAAAGGCUGUCGCGACUCAGAGAAGCCGUCUGAGCCCACUGUGGCCAUUUCUGAUCGUCACACCUUCCUGUCUUGUGAGGUGCAACUAUUAGGGAGCCGAGAAAGUGAAGGUCCAGACUUGGUACAGGGUGGAGUCCUUUCUGGAGAAAGACACGCGCGUAUCAAGAGAAAAAAGGUAACCUUCCUUGAAGAAGUUACUGAGUAUUAUAUAAGUGAAGAUGAGGACCGCAGAGGACCAUGGGAACAAUUUGCACGGGAUGCGUGCAGAUUCCAGAAACGAAUUCAAGAAACAGAAGAUGCUAUUGGAUAUUGCUUGACAUUUGAGCACAGAGAAAGAAUGUUUAAUAGACUCCAAGAAACCUGCUUCAAAGGACUUAAUGCUUUCAAGCAAUGUUAAGAUGAUUUGACGGCCUCUAACUCAAGCAUACGCUAGCUACCUCUUACUUGAGAGGUUUCUUUUACAAACAAAAAUUGGCAGCUGUCCUUUUUUUUAGAGGAUAUGCAACUUGGAUCCAGUGACCUAGUUUAAUUUUUUUUUUUUUUUUUUUUUUUUUUUUUUUUUUUGGUAACUGAUCCCACUCAGAAAUGUCCAGGUUUGAAGACAAGUCCUGGUAAAUGAAGGAUGAGAUGGUGUGAUUUCUAAUCCUCCCUUUUUUGAUUUAGUUGGAUGUAUUUGGAGUGUCCUGUGCUUGCUGAGGCCAAAAGGGGACCUCUGAAGGUGGAAUUUUGUAGUUCAAAAUUUAUUUCCUUGGGAAACAAUAUUUAUAGGGUUCAAAGCCCAUUUUUUCCAUUCUAAUUUAAAUUGUGUGUACCUACCCGAAAACCCUGGGCUCUCCCCAUCCAACAUUCUAAAGUUAAUGGGCUUUUAUGUUUUCUCUCUGUAUUUUUAUUUCAGUGAUGUGGUCCUUUUAACUUUGAGCUUAAGAAAAUAAUCUUGUAUAUGCUACCAACUUAAAUUAUUUUGUGUCACGUUUGUUAAAAUGACAUUUGUUCUCAAAAUGACUUGGGGUGAACGUAUGUGGUGGGUUUUUAUUUCAAGGUUAAGUUCUACCCGAGAUAUUUCCAAGGACUGCCACAGAAUUUAACAUGCGUGGUACUCUCUGCUGCUUGGGAAAAGCUGCAUCUUUCUGCCAAAUUUUACCAUCUCACACGUUUCACUCCUGUGCAACCUGUUUCUUGGAGUGGGUGCUGUGUGUGUCACUGUCGUCCCAGUUCCAUGGUUCUUUGUAUGUUUCACGUUGUAAGACUCCAGAAAGUAAUAAUUGCAUCAUAGACAUUUCUUUUUUAAAUUUAAAAGUCAAGAAUUUUCUUAGGAAGGAAGCUAGGAGACUUCUCGGGGCAAUUUGGUUUUGUUGUACAUGCUCUCAACAGAAGACCAGUGUUAUUAAUCCCAUGCUUCAGCACCGUCACUUUUCAAACCUGUCAGGGUGACACUAGAAACUUGGAAAUGGGUAGUUAGGAAUUUCCCAGUUUGCAGUGUAAAAUACAGACUCCGUCAGCGUCCACACCUGUUGUGUUCUACGUAGUGAGAGAAGUAAUUUGUCUCUACUUUCAGGAAAGGACAGUACUGUAGACUUAAUAAUAGCAAGUCUUCCUAAUUUUAGCCCAAAGCUUCCUUUUGAAUUGAGGGCUUUGCGGGGGCUGGUUGUCCUUGGUUUAUGUACUUGGCUCUCCCUGGUCUGCCUCUGUUAGGCUGAGGCAGUGUUAGCAGCUCCUUGGUGGUCUGUUUUUACCCCCACGUGCCCCUUGUUGUAGGUAAUAGAAAACACGAGUAGAACAGGUGACCUCUCAAGUUUGAGCUUAUCUCGGUGUGGGAACAGAUUUUUUUGUCAGAAGUGCUUGCAGAGUUAACUACCUCAGUUUACAAUCUACCUGGUCGUUAUUUUCUAUCUGGUUUGCUCUAAGAACUGCCUCCAGUGGUAAUAGAUAUAUCCGUAAACAAACACACCCAGAGUACUCAGAUUUUUGCAGAGCCCUCAUUCAGCGCGUGUUGUGCACCUCCAUGGUAGGUGAUCACAGGGGACACCCUUGCAGAGUCCUGCUCUAACACCGUGAGAACAGGCUGGUUUCUGGCACCAGCUGUGUCAGUUGGAAAGAAGGCAUCACCUGCCUUGAAUAGCGCUUUCUGAAAAUGUAUAUUCAUUCUUUUAAAACCAGACUGAAGUAUAUACUGUUUUAUUUCACAGGCUUAGUCUGAAACCUAGCACCUCCGCAUAUUUGAAAAUAAUGGGAUAGUUUGACAUCUACUGGAUUUUAGAAACUUGUUCCCUUGGGAUUCCAGCCUCACCACCAAAUGAGUAGAAGCUUGGUGAAGGAUUCUCCCAUUUACUACCCUCCUUUAAAAGAAGUGAUAGAGACAGGGCUGUUUUUAAGUUGGACUGAAGGAGAAAAAAAUUCUUGUCCUUUCAUCCCAAUCCUAGUUGUUAGAACACAGUUAAACUUGGAAGUUGUGAUUGAACAUUGUACACAUUUUAAGUCUUGCAAUGGUGCUUUAAGUAUCAAUGUAGCAUGUGAAAGGCGUUGUAUAGACAGGUAAAAUUUCCUUUUCUGAGUGUCCAGUGUGAUAACAGCACCUCUUCAUCUUUAACUUGAAAUCAAAACUAUCAGAUUUUAUUUUUGUAUAAUUUAAGGAAGGUGAAUUUAGGGGACUAGAAGACUCUAAAUUGGCUUCUACAGAUCCAGUGACUUAAAUGUAACCAGUUUGUUGGGAUUUUAUAGCUAAAAUUAUAUUUGUGUAUAUAACUUUAACUAAUCUGUAAAUUGUAAUAAAUAUAUUUGCAAUUAUUAAAUGUUACAUGAUA